AUGUCUACAGGCAAGAAAGAAUCUGUGAAGGGAAAGAUAGAGAGAACUGCUGGUGGUGCUAGGGUUAUGGGUUUGCACACAAGUUCUUCCGCUCAAUCCAAGAAGAACUCAACUCCAUCCAGGAAGCAUUACAAGUCUCGUGCAACCCCAAUACAAAACCCUGAAGCCCCUGUGUCUGAGGAUAUUUCAAACUCUUUUGUUUCUGCAAAUGAUGAAGACGAUGUCGCAACGUCUACACAUUCCUCAGAUGAGACAAUCUCUGAUCAGCCUGACAAGGAAGGUUCACUCUCAAAGGAUUCUUCCCCUUCAUCCAAGAAUCCUGAUUCCAAGGCUGAAGAUUCAAAGGAUGCUCUGUCAGUAGAGCCUAUGAAGACCCCUCCCAUUGUUCACGAUAUCUCUGAUGGUGAAGAUUCAGAGGGAGUACCCUUGGCGAGUGUUGCUGCCAGGAUACUUAAAAGAAGAAGGGCAUCUGUUGGAGAAACCCCUGUGAGCCAAAAGAAGAAAGCAAAGUCCAUUCCUGUCUCUUCAAAAUCAAAACUAGUGGAUGUGCAAAGCAAGGGAAAGCAAAAGGUUGCGGAGUCCUCUGGCAAGAAAGCAAAGAAGACUACUGUGAAGAAGAAGAAGGUUUCCAGGGUUGAACUGGAUUCAGAUUCGGAUGUUGAAGUCGAUGUCCUGGACAUCACGGCUUCUGAGAGAAAGAAGUUUUCUGGUAAGCGCAUUCCCCAGGAUAUUCCUUCAAUUCCACUUGAUAAUGUUUCUUUUCAUGCUGCUGAGAAUGCCAUCAAAUGGAAGUAUGUCUUCCAGAGACGUAUUGCUAAGGAAAGGGAAAUUGGGUCUGAUGUUUUGGAAUGCAAGGAGAUUGUUGCUCUUAUCACAAGAGCUGGUUUGAGGAAGACUGUUAUGGAGAUAGGCAAGUGUUAUGAUAGGCUAGUGAAGGAGUUCCUAGUCAAUUUGUCUGAUGAUGUUGGCAAUCCUGCCAGUCCUGAAUUUAGAAAAGUCUAUGUGAGGGGUCAGUGUGUGAAUUUCUUUCUUGCAAUCAUAAAUAAAGCACUCGAGAGGAGUGUGGUUGAAUUUGUUGAAGAAGAACUCUCUCUGGACACCGUUGCUGAAGAAUUGACUGGAGGAAAGGUGACGAAAUGGCCUGCCAAGAAGCUUCUCUCUACUGGAUAUUUGACUGUGAAGUAUGCAAUUUUGAAUAGGAUUGGAGUGGUGAAUUGGAUUCCCUCUAAUCAUACCUCUGCAGUCUCUGCUAUGCUGGCCAAGUUGAUCUACCGUAUAGGAACUGAGACUCACUUUGAUUUUGGCUCUUUUGUGUUUACUCAAACCUUGAAGCAUGCUGAGACUUGUGCAGUGAAGCUUCCUGUCUCUUUUCCUUCACUUCUGACUGCUAUCAUCCUGAAACAACAUCCUCAUAUUCUUGGUGUGAAUGAUGUGCCCUGUCCCAGAGGAAAUCCUAUUACCUUGGAGCAUCACUUAUUCUUGGAACCUCAUGUCCUGGACAUUGAUCUGCCAUCUAAUAGGACAUCUGUGCCUGCUUCUAUGUCAGCUUCUGGAACAAAGAGUGUUCUUUCUGAAUUGGAAGAUAUUUCUAAGGAGUUGCAAGAAACCAUCAGGGUUGUUGCUGCAAGAAAGCUUAAGGUGGAUGCGUUGAUUCAAAGCCUCAAGGAGGAAGCUGGUCAAGAGGGUGAGCCUGCAGCUGCUGUUGAGAAAGAAGGAUCUGCAGACAAUGAAGAGGAGCACUCUUCUUCUUUUGAUGUUUAG